GUUGCCGUGGUGAGAAAGAAAACUUAAAUCACCCAGAGAGAAAAGAAGAGGAAGGAAAAAGUGCAAGCAGUAAGACAUACGGCCUGCCUUAAUCCCCCAGCUUCGGGUUUAAAUUCACAGAAUGGAGACUGCAAAGUAGUGAGAUGUUAUAGCUGUGGUUUCUCUUGAUUGCUUUUAAGUUGUCCCCUUUUAACAGAGCUGGCCCAGGACAUUUGGACAAAUGAUCUCUCCCAUGAAAGCAAGUGUCCCCACAUUCCUGAAUCUCUGCUCUGACAAAGUGCACUGCCUAUUCAAAUCAUUUGUCUUAUGUUCCCACAUCUUUAACAUGACAAAAAUCGGGAUCCUUUCAGCACCAAAUAAUUAUAUUUUAGAGAACAAUGUGUACAGUUGUUUACCAUAGUUAUAAAAUUACAUAUAAACCUAAAAUAGAAAAUGGAUUUUUUUUCCUUUCCCAAGCUUCUUUAGGUAUGUGUGCAUUUUAAGUAUUUCAAAGACUUCAGUGCGUUUUGAUAUUCUGCUAUUUAUUUUUUAAAUCUGUUUUGUUUGAAAUUGCAUAAUGUAUUUUACUGUGGUGGUUCUGUUAUGGCAGAGUUUUCCAAACUAUGUUGUGACGCAUUAGUGUGUUGGCUGCAGUGAUUAGGUGUGUCUCAAAUCUUCCAUUCUUGGGCAAGGUGAUUGAGCGGGUGGUUGCUGAAUGUGGACCAUUUGGAUCCCUUCCAAUCAGAUUCAGGUCUCAUCAUGGGACUGAAACUGCCUUGGUUGCGCUGGUCGAUGAUCUCCGGCAGGCUAGGAACAAAGGUGGAAAUUCUGCUAGAUCUCUCAGCGGCCUUUGAUACCAUCGACCACAUCCUUCUGGACUGUCUAGUGGGGCUGGGAGCUGGGGGCACUGUUAUGCAGUGGUUCCACUCCUUCUUCCUGGGCCGUGCCCAGAAAGUGGUGUUGGGGGUUGAGUGUUCAGACCCCUGGGCUCUCACUUGUGGGGUGUCUCAGGGUUCCGUCCUCUCCCCCAUGCUUUUUAAUAUCUAUAAGAAGCCGCUGGGAGAGAUCAUCCUGGGGUUUGGACAUCAGUAUGCGGAUGAUGCCCAACUCUACCUGUCUUUUAAAUUGGAACCAGUGAAGGCGGUGAAGGUCCUGUGUGAGUGUCUGGAGGCUGUUGGAGGAUGGAUGGUGGCUAACAGAUUGAGGCUGAAUCCUGACAAGGCAGAAGUACUGUUUUUGGGAGAUGGGGCAGGCGGGUGUAGAGGACUCCCUGGUUCUGAAUGGGGUAACUGUGCCCCUGAAGGACCAGGUGUGUAGCCUGGGAGUCAUUUUGGACUCACAGCUGUCCAUGGAGGCACAGGUCAAUUCUGUGCCCAGGGCAGCUGUCUAUCAGCUCUAUCUGGUACGCAGGCUGAGACCCUACUUGCCCGCGGACUGUCUGGCUAGAGUGGUGCAUGCUCUGGUUAUCUCCCGCUUGGACUACUGCAAUGCGCUCUAUGUGGGGCUACCUUUGAAGGUGACCCAGAAACUACAUGUGGCAGCUAGACUGGUAACUGGGAGUGGCCGCUGAGACCACAUAACAUCGGUCUUGAAAGACCUACAUUGGUUCCCCAUACGUUUCCAAGCACAAUUCAAAGUGUUGGUGCUGACCUUUAAAGCCCUAAACAGCCUCAACCCAGUAUACCUGAAGGAGUGUCUCCACCCCAAUCAUUCAACCCGGACGCUGAGGUCCAGCUCCGAAGGCCUUCUGGCGGUUCCCUCACUGCGAGAAGCCAAGUUGCAGGGAACCAGGGAGAGGGUCUUCUCGGUAGUGGCACCCGCCCUGUGGAACGCCCUCCCAUCAGAUGUCAAGAAAAUAAGCAACUAUCUGACUUUUAGAAGACAUCUGAAGGCAGCCCUGUUUAGGGAAGUUUUUAAUGUCUGACGUUUUAUUGUAUUUUUAAUAUUUUGUUGGAAGCUGCCCAGAGUGGCUGGAGAAACCCUCUGUGCCUUACUUGAGAGAGGAUGCUGCUCUAUCUGAAGGGUCCCAAGUCCAGUUGAAAGAUGAAGAACCAUAAGAAGUGAGAGCAGGAGACUUGGAGGAUACCCAUCAACACUUCCCAGCCAGUAGGCACACAGGUCACCUGGUCCCCAUAGUCUUGCCCACCAUGGUGUAGCAUGUUAUGCUUCUAUGUAAAUCUGUGGCCCUUCAGAACACCCAACUCCCAUCAGCCCCGGCCAACAUGACCAAUGUUUGUGGAUAAUGAGAGCUGUAGCCAGCAACAUAUAGAGAACCACAAGUUCCUCAUCACUCAUUUAAAUUAUAGUAAUUAUACAUUCACGGGCCUUUUAUACUAAAAAGACUGCUUUCUUUUCGCUGUCUCCCAUACGUUGUUUCCAAGUCUUCACAUUCUAAAGCACAUUCUACCGGCUUAGAGGAGCACCUUCCUUCCCUUGCAAGUGCACAUAAAGCAGUCUGUGUCUCUGAUGUUCUGUUUUGCCUCCCCAUCUACAGGGUUUUGAUUGCAGAAGCCCCAAGAACAGCAGACAUGUCCCAGCCCCAAUCCCAGACCUUGUACUGCCCCUGCUGGGAUCCUUGGAAGACAGGAUACAAAAGACUGGACAGAGCUAAGGCAGGCACGCUGUCUCAGAAGCCCAAGUAAGUGAGGAAGUGUUCAACGUUGGUGGAGAAGCAAUAGCAUCACUCGGCUUAAUAGCAAACUCAGAGUCUCUGUCCCAUCCAAAAUGGACAUCCUUUUUAUUCCGCAUUCAUGAUCUGUGCUCAUUAUGCUGUCGGGGCAGGUCAUACACGGUAUGGUCGGUACCUGCAAAAGCUCUAAGGCCGCCACACUGUUUCAUAUCUCGUCAAUGCAUUUCCCAUAACUUUGUGCUGAAAUCCGGUAACUCUUCAUGCCACAAAUGUUCUGGUUUACUUAGUUGUGCAUUUGUUGCACUAUAGUCCCUCUGGACAGCAUUGGUGAAGCAUGGCAGAACAAACUGAAGCAGAAAGAAUCCGCCACAAAUGCUGACUGUCAGCGACUCUCCCAAGAUUUCAGGCAGGAGUCUCCCCCAUCCAUUCCACAAGAUGCUGGAAAUGGAAACUAGGACUUCCUGCAGCCUAAAACUAGGGUCUGCCAUUGAGCUAAAACCCUUGUGGUGUUCCAUACCUUUCAGAUUUUGCAAUGAUUUACCGUAUUUUUUGCUCUAUAAGACACACUUUUCCCCUCCCAAAAAGUAAGGGAAAAUGUGUGUGCGUCUUAUGGAGCAAAUGCAGGCUGCGCGGCUAAGCCAGAAGCCAGAACAGGGAGAGGGAGCGCUGUGCAGCACGGUGCUCUGUCCCUUCCCCCACCUCCCAGAAAAGCCCCCAAGAGCCACGCUCCCUUUAAAGAGUGUGCGGCUCUUGCGGGAGGUGGGGGAAGGGACAGAGGGCAGCAGCCUCUUCCGGGCAGGGGGAGCCUUCAUCCUGCUGCUCGGGAGAGUCUUCAGCAGCUAUCCCAGAAGCCAGAGCAGCAAGAGGCUAUCCCUGAAGCCAGAUCCCUCUUGCUGUUCUGGCUUCUGGGAUUCAUAAUAUUUUUUUCUUGUUUUCCUCCCCCAAAACUAGUUGCAUCGUAUCGUCUGGUGUGUCCUAUAGAGCAGAAAAUACGGUACAUGUUUGUUUGGUUUUUCUGUCCAUCGUCUUGCGUAUCCUACAGAAAGGCACUUAAGAAAUGUUUUUAAAAAAUCAGUCGGCACGUAAAUAUUUGUCAUUUGUUCUUUGUUACUCCACCUGCUUCUCCUAAUUUGCUAAUAGGAAUGAUGAUGCUCUGACCUAGCUUGCUGGAAGCCUAGAAGGCUGCUCUAAGGAGAGAGAAGGGUAGGCGUAAACAUCUCGUCUCUCUUCCUUCUUACUGCCUUAGGAACGUGUUCUUAUGCUCACUCGUGUGUGGCUGGCAGAAGCCAGGAAGAUGCCAGUAAUGUCACUAUCAUGCUGUCUCUUUAAAUGUCACCGGAACGAUGCUCAGGCACCUUCAGCUUCUCCCCAUCAUGGAAUUUUGCAGGGAAGGGAGUCCAGAAGGGCCUUCCCCUCUUCUUCUCUCCCCCUGGACACCAGGGCUCCCCACCCCGUUCUUGCUCCAUUAGUCCCAGGUGCAUCUAGUUUGCCACUGCAAAAACAAGGUGCUGAACUGGCCCAGCAGUGCUCUUCCCAUGCUCUCAUGUUAUGGAGAUGCCUCCAUAAUAAGAUUUAUUUCUAUAUUUUAAUAUCAUUUAUAUCCUGCCUUUUCUGCCCAGAUAGGGUGCUCCAUAGUGGUUUGGAUAGGAACGCUAAAACCUUCACAUGUGCACAAGCUCACAGUACUCAUACGGCAAGGCAACACAAAAAACGAAACCGCAUUUCCCCCCAAAGCGACAGUUGUGAAAUGCUUCAAAUGAGUGGAUGUUGUGGGCAAGCUUCCAGGUAUCUCUGGAUUGCUUCCUUUGUAUUUUACAGUACAGUAUUACAAACCAAGGGACACGGGUGGCGCUGUGGGUUAAACCACAGAGCCUAGGGCUUGCCGAUCAGAAGGUCGGCAGUUCGAAUCCCCGCGACGGGGUGAGCUCCCGUUGCUCGGUCCCUGCUCCUGCCAACCUAGCAGUUCGAAAACAUGUCAAAGUGCAAGUAGAUAAAUAGGUACCGCUCUGGCGGGAAAGUAAACGGCAUUUCUGUGCGCUGCUCUGGUUCGCCAGAAGCGGCUCAGUCAUGCUGGCCACAUGACCUGGAAGCUGUACUCCGGCUCCCUUGACCAGUAAAGCGAGAUGAACGCCGCAACCCCAGAGUCAGUCACGACUGGACCUAAUGGUCAGGGAUCCCUUUACCUUUUUUAUUACAAACCAAACUAUUCCAGUAGUCUCCUGUUGCACGUGCUUGCUGCCAUGAGAGAAUCAGAAGCAGAAGGAAUCCUGUGUAUAAACACUAAUCCUGCUUAGCUGAAGAACAGGUAACAUCGAUGGAUUGAAACCGACAAGCAGUGCUAUAGCUCUUCGCCAAAAUGCAAAGCAAUUACAGUGGUGCCUCGCAAGACGAAAUUAAUUCAUUCCGCAAGUCUCUUCGUCUUGCGAGUUUUUCGUCUUGCGAGGCACGGUUUCCCAUAGGAAUGCAUUUAAAAUAAAUUAAUGCGUUCCUAGGUAAACCGCCUUCAGACCUGGUCCGGGGACAGUCUGUCCCCGGACCUCUUCUGAAGGCUGGGGGGGGGCAAGGGCUUUCUUCCCACCCCCAGCAUUUUAAAAACCCGGGACAGCGGAGGACUUCUCCGCUGUCCGGGCGAUCUUAAAAUGCUGGCGGGCGGCAUUUUAAAAUCACCCGGGACAGCGGAGGACUUCUCCGCUGUCCGGGGCAAUUUAAAAGCCCCUGGGAAGGCAGGCAGGGGGACAAGACUUUGCCCCCGCCAGCCUUCAGAAGAGGUCCUGGACCUCUUCUGAAGGCGGGCGGGGCGAAGUCUUGCUCCCCGCCUUCAAAAGCCCUCCGGGACAGGCAGGCAGGGGAGCAAAGACUUCGCCCCCGCCCGCCUUCAGAAGGUCUUCCCUCCCCCCGCCCGGCCUCGGAGCACCGCCCGAGCCGGGCGGCGGCGGGAGGUCUUCCCUCCCCGCCCGGCUCGGAGCACCGCCCGGCCGGGCGGCGGCGGAGGUGCUCCCUCCCCGCCCGGCUCGGAGCACCGCCCGGCCGGGCGGCGGCGGAGGUGUUCCCUCCCCCCGCCCGGCUCGGAGCACCGCCCGAGCCGGGCGGCGGGGAGGUCUUCCCUCCCCACCGCCCGGCUCGGAGCACCGUUCCGAGCCGGGCGGCGGCGGCAGGUGUUCCCUCCCCCGCCCGGCCCGGAGCACCGUUCCGGGCCGGGCGGCGGCGGCAGGUCUUCCUCCCCACCGCCCGGCUCGGAGCACCGCUCCGAGGCCGGGCGGCGGGGAGGCUUCCUCCCCCGCCCGGCUCGGAGCACCGUUCCGAGCCGGGCGGCGGCGGCAGGUGUUCCUCCCCCCGCCCCGGCUUCGGAGGAGCCUUCCGAGCCCGGCGGCGGCGGAGGAGGUGUCCCCGCCCCGCCGCCAGGCUUCGGAGGAGGUCCGAGGACAGUGGGAAGACGCGCUGCGCUUCCCCGCUGUCCCUGAGAUUUCCCUAUGGGCUGUCGUCUUGCGAAGCUAGCCCAUAGGGAAAUUCGUUUUGCGAAGCGCCUCCAAAACGGAAAACCCUUUCGUCUAGCGGGUUUUCCGUCUUGCGAGGCGUUCGUCUUGCGGGGUACCACUGUAUAAGCAAAUGUCGAGUGGAAUCAUUGUACAAACUGGCAGCUAUUUAUUUGAAAGAAGAUGAUGGAUCAGUCAACCGAAUUGCUACAAGGAAAAUUCUUCAGACAACUCAGUACUCAAGUUUUUAAAAGCUUGAGAAGCAACAUGCCUUCCCUGCUGCUGUGGACAGAAAUCCAAUUAUCAAAGUGUAACUUUAUAUGCAUUCUAUAAAAAAUAAUUAUUCUCUUAUGUGAGAAGAUAGAACUUUCAGAAAUAAACGUUCUUUCCACUUGUGUAUAAGAGAAACUCAUGGAUCCUGUUUUGAAUGGGAUAGGGAAAGGGGUAUUUUUACAAGUCAUGUCAUUGUCUUGUUUCAGGCUGAAAUUUUGCAGACCUAACGCACAACCACUAAGAAGCAGGGAGCCUCGAGAUGUGAGUAGAACAAAGCAUUUCUUCCCUUUUUAAAUUUGCUAUCUUCUUUCCUUCCUCUUUGCAACAACCUUGUUAAGUAAGAAAAAUAAGUUUUGAUUUUGGAGGAGUCUUCAUAGUUCAAAGACCCCAAACUCUUUUUCUAUACUUUUCAGUUACCGUAUUUUUUCCUCUAUAAGACUCACUUUUUCCCUCCUAAAAAGUAAGGGGAAAUGUGUGUACGUCUUAUGGGGCGAAUGCAGGCUGCACAGCUAUCCCAGAAGCCAGAACAGCAAGAGGGAUUUCUGCUUUCACUGCAUAGCGAUCCCUCUUGCUGUUCUGGCUUCUGAGAUUCAGAAUAUUUUUUUUCUUGUUUUCCUCCUCCAAAAACUAGGUGCAUCUUGUGGUCUGGUGCGUCUUAUACAGCAAAAAAUACGGUAUAUUAUAUACAACUUAUAUUAAUGUCUACUCGGGGUCCAUUCUGUUUAUAGUUGAGGAAGGUAUUUUAGAUCCAAAAUCCACAGUGAAGUUCACUCACUGUUGUCAGUGCCCAUUGAUAGGAUUUUCAGUGGGCUUUCUUCCAGUAAAAAAGAAAUUUUGCAACUCUCUAAAAUGUAUUUGGAUGGAUUUCUAGAGGAAAAGAGUCCAGCCUUGAAGUUACGGAAGCAUCCUGAAGCUGAGAACUGCUUAACUGAAAAGUUUUGCUCCAACAAAAUGCACCCAGCUCCUUGUUCUGUGUCCCUCCUUUGUGUAGCACAAACGCAACACCCUUGAGAAUAUGAUGCUUUACUUAAAAAUAAAUAAAUGCAUCUGUCAGUUUGAGGGGCACUUUAUUAGACUGGAUUUUAAAUGCUAGGAUUCCACAGAGUGCAGUCCCUUUUGUUUUAACCCCAGAUAUCAAAGGAGAUUGAAGAUGAGAUCACUCCUGGCUUUACCGUGUCUCACAGUAAGGAUCAUAUCAGUGUCACGCUGGGCGAGGAAUUCUUUGAGAAGAAAAAGCCUGAUGAGGAACAUCCCAAGCCCCCUGUGCUCAGGUAAUCUUACACAAGUAACUACAUUCUUCCUGACUUGAGGAUAUAUGAUGCAGCAGUGUUGGCUGGAGGUCAAUGACAGGUGGAGUCAAUUAAUUCCAGCUUGCUCUGCUUUCUCCCUGCUGAGUUCAAGGGCUAAAUGGAGGGCAAGACAAAGGAAGCUGGCAGCCAGGGCUACCCCCUAGACUGCUUGUCAGAAGGGGGGGCGGUUACCAGCUGGCUGAAAAGCAGACUGAGGUUGGUGGGCCAGUGCCCACACCCCAUAAUGGACCAGCCUCCUCUGCUCCACAAAUGUGUGAAGAAUCAGUAACAAUAGUAACAACAUUUAUGUAAGGCAAUUUUCACAUUGGUCAUGCAGGGUAUCUGUAGACGUGUUGCAUUUCCUGCAACCCAGCAAGGGAGUUAAAUGCUUGCCAAAUGCAGGCAAAUUUAUUCUCACUCCUUUACGUGUGGAGGCAUCAUGUGGUGAUACAGUUCCACCAGCUAAUGCCUUUUGAGCCCACUACAAAUGUCAACAAAUUUGUUAAUAAUGGUUUCUCUCGGUUACUCGUUUUCUUCAUGCGUUUCCCCCUCAUAUAAUGCAUCGCUGUAUCUUUAUUUCCACUGACAUAUGCAUUUAUAUGCACUUUCCCCUAACGUAUGGCACCUUUUUGGUUGCGUUUCAGUUUGCGUAUCGUUUUAGGAAGUGUGAAUUAAGUAGAUACGCAUUAAAAUGUGGACCAAACCAAAUUUUCCAUCCAUCCUUGUUGGUGAGAGUUGUGCCUUCACACAAAUACACACACGUUGUCUUUCUACCUGUGCCCAGAAAGUCUGUUGAAGGUCCUCAGUUUAGCCACCUGAAGACACACGUCAUGAUGCAUUGUGUCCUGUGUGGCUCUUUGCUAUGUUCGUCACCGGGCUGCAGUGAAUAUAAUUUCUGUGUACGUCAUUUGCAUCCAGACAGGUGACUUGCAAAGGCAUUGGAAGAAGCAGAAUUCAGUUUGUAACUCGCAUAUGCGCACACAGUACUGUGUAGAUCAGUCCUUUGAUACAUCUAUUUUGAAAUGAGAAUGUGUUUAGCUGACAGUAGUGGUGCCUUAACAGCAUCUCUCUCUCUCUCUCUCUCUCUCUCUCUCUCUCUCUCUCUCUCUCUGCCUUUUAACCCUCUUUAUAGUUCUCCACCUAAGCUUGAAACGUAAGUAUCAAUCUACCCGCCCCUCACACAACCCCCUCACCUCAGCUUCCUUUUUGUGCAUUACAGUAACAAUUGUUGCUUAAGAUACCCUCCUUCCGGUUUCCUUCCCCCACUUCAGUGCCACCCCUUCUUCCAGGAUAUUGCUUUGACAGGAACUUGCAAGGUGUAUUGUGGCUCAGUAAGUCACUGCACAUUGUUACCCAGGCAACAAGAAUUAUUGUCAGGAGGAAGGCCUGAGGCCCUGUUCAAUUUGACACUAUUGAUUUAGCUUUACGCACGUUUAUCUCUCUCUUUCACACACAAACACACACCCCUGCGCUGGAGUGCUAAUUGUCUGUAGUGGACUUUCUUCGGGGGUGUUCAGUGUUUUCACUUUUGCUCCUCUAUGUGGAGUAUUUGACGCAUACUGGGAAGAAACCGUGCUUACCUGUCUGACAGUCAGCCUUAGAUUUCUCCCUACUGGCAGGGAAUUGCAGGGUUUCAUCACUGACUGCCCACCUAUAGCUAGGAAAAGAAGAACGCUGAACAUUGCAGUCCCCUAGUUUGAUUUCAACUAAAUUACCGUAUUUUUUCCUCUAUAGGACUCACUUUUCCCCUCCUAAAAAGUAAGGGGAAAUGUGUGUGCGUCUUAUGGAGCGAAUGCAGGCUGCGCAGCUAUCCCAGAAGCCAGAACAGCAAGAGGGAUUGCUGCUUUCACUGCGCAGCGAUCCCUCUUGCUGUUCUGGCUUCUGAGAUUCAGAAUAUUUUUUUUCUUGUUUUCCUCCUCCAAAAACUAGGUGCGUCUUGUGGUCUGGUGCGUCUUAUAGAGCGAAAAAUAUGGUAUUGUGCUGGAAUUUUCCCUCACCCCCAAAUCUGCCCUGGAGCGUUGGGGGGAACCCCAAAUCAGAUUUAGGGAGCAUGCAGUGCAAGGGGAGGCAGAGAGCUUCCCCUUGCGGAAGGAGAAAUCAUUGCGUGGACCUUAGUGCUUUAUUGAAUGCAGUUCGGUUUACUUGGCACUUAGUCUAGACUGGGAUUCUCUCCCAAGAAGGUUGUUUUUAGCCAAGCAAUUAUAGGACCAUUGCAUCGCCAGUUACUAAUGUUGUGAAUAGUCGUUGUGCCAGUCUUCUAUACAUGUAGGUCUUGAAAGACCUACAUUGGCUCCCAGUAUGUUUCUGAGCACAAUUCAAAGUGUUGGUGCUGACCUUUAAAGCCCUAAACGGCCUCGGUCCUGUAUACCUGAAGGAGCGUCUCCACCCCCAUCAUUCUACCCGGACACUGAGGUCCAGCUCCGAGGGCCUUCUGGCGGUUCCCUCACUGCGAGAAGCCAAGUUACAGGGAACCAGGCAGUGGGCCUUCUCAGUAGUGGCGCCCUCCCUGUGGAACGCCCUCCCACCAGAUGUCAGAGAGAACAACUACCAGACUUUUAGAAGACAUCUGAAGGCAGCCCUAUUUAGGGAAGCUUUUAAUGUUUGAUCUAUUACAGUAUUUCAAUAUUUCUUUUGGAAGCCGCCCAGAGUGGCUGGGGAAACCCAGCCAGCUGGGCGGGGUAUAAAUAAUAAAUUAUUAUUAUUAUUAUUAUACAUUUGAGGUUUGCUCUGCCUGCUCUGUUUCAUGGCUUUUAGGCUCAUUGUUAACAAUGUAUGUGCGCGCGCGUACAUGUUUGUUUUAUAAGUAAUAGUUACAGAUAAAUAUUAAUAAAAAUAUUUAUAAAUUGCUGCCAGCUGAGUGCAACCGAUACCUUUAAAUUUCUCACAGCCCUGUGUCAUAUAAGCCAGUGAUACCUGCUUCAAUGUGAACAUUCCAAAUACCUAUCCCAUACAUUUAAAGCACAUCCAAUGCACAUUUGAAGCAGGUGACAAAUAAUCAUGGGAACCGUGGUUUUCCCCUCAGAGGGCUGCCAUACCCAACACCCGUAACAAACUACAGUUCCCAUAAUUCUUUUGCGGGGGAAUCUUGGACUUCAAAAGUCUGUUGGGUGUGCUUCAAAUAUAUGUGGUGUGGAUCUGCUGGAGCAGUGGGAGAGGAGUGCGUUUGCUGAACAUUUUGUUUGCCCGCUUGCUCCUUCCACCUUGAAACCCACGCAGACCUUGCCCAAGGCAAGAGCCUGUUUGCUGGAGAAUAAUCCUGAGACUGCUGCCCAUUGACAUUCUUUGGUUUGAUGCUCUGAACUUCUGUAGCAUCGUUGCAGUUAGGAAAUGAUGAAGCUUAAAAGGUAAAGGUAAAGGGACCCCUGACCAUUAGGUCCAGUCGUAGCUGACUCUGGGGUUGCGGCGCUCAUCUCGCUUUAUUGGCCGAGGGAGCCGGCGUACAGCUUCCGGGUCAUGUGGCCAGCAUGACUAAGCCGCUUCUGGAGAACCAGAGCAGUGCACGGAAACGCCGUUUACCUUCCCGCCAUUUACCUAUUUAUCUACUUGCACUUCGUGCUUUUGAACUGCUAGGUUGGCAGGAGCAGGGACCGAGCAACGGGAGCUCACCCCGUCGCGGGGAUUCGAACCGCUGACCUUCUGAUCGGCAAGUCCUAGACUGUGGUUUAACCCACAGCGCCACCCACGUCCCGGAUGAAGCUUAGCUUUGAUUUAAAAUCUGAACGGAACAAAGCUCCUCUGCCUUCCAUCACCUGGCGUAUACUGUGCUGCGCUGACAUAGGGUCCCGCCAGCGCUGAUCUCUUCCAGACAAAGAGAAGAGAUUAGACUCAUAGAAACCGCAAAAUUGCAUUUGCAGUCUUAUAGAAAAGAGGGAGAGAAAUGGCUCUUCUAUUGUGAGCAAGGAAAGCCUAUCUUUAAACUUCGUCCAGACUUACUUCCUUCUCUCCCCACAUAAGACAGAGGGUGUAGAGGCACCAGUUUCUUCUCCCUCUCUGUUGUAACUUGGUGCAGACAGCAAACCCCUUCAACCCCACCAUCUCCUCAACCCCGACUGCCAAACAGAUAAGGGAAUCCUAUAAACUGUUUUAGUUGCAGUUCUUGAUUUUCCCGCUCUUGAUCCUUCCGACAUGAUGAGAUUUGCCAACCAGCAAAUUUCGCUGUACAGAUACAGUGUUGGUCUUGCAGGGAGGACAUUAUAGGUGACUUGAUGGAACAGAUUUCUGAGCUCACAGCUAUAAUGGAGCAAUUGCGCCGAGAUCACCAAACUAGCCACAAAAAGGUGAGUCACUUCCAUUUGGGGUGCUGCUGUUGGAAACUUAGCAAAUGUAGCCUUGUACAGUGGUACCUCGGGUUACAUACGCUUCAGGUUACAGACUCCGCUAACCCAGAAAUAUUACCUCGGGUUAAGAACUUUGCUUCAGGAUGAGAACAGAAAUUGUGCUCCGGCGGCGCGGCAGCAGCAGGAGGCCCCAUUAGCUAAAGUGGUGCUUCAGGUUAAGAACAGUUUCAGGUUAAGAACGGACCUCCGGAAGAGUCCGUGACCAGAAGGAGGAGGAGUAUCAGGAAGAGUGGAAUAAAUUUAAUGAUUAUCUAGUUAAAUCUGUUAAGUCAAAUUAAUUGAAAAUAGCUUGCAGAUUGGCUUAGGAUUUUAUUUAUGUUAAGUGAUGAAUUAAUAUGUUUAAUUCCAUACAGUGAAGAUUUAAGGAUGUUAAUGUUUAAGUUAAAUUUCAUAAGAAUUGGGAUUUGGAAAACCGUUAAAAGCACAUGCAAUGAAAUUCAACCAAGGGGAAGCGAGGAAGUCACUUAACAAAGUUAAUAAGUGUAAUUUUCAAUAAGGCUAUGAUUUAUGUUUGUUGGUCUUGUGUGUUUGUUUGUUUGUUUGUUUAUAAUAUUGUGAAAACCAAUAAAAAAUUGGGGGGGGAGGAGAACGGACCUCCGGAACAAAUUAAGUACUUAACCCGAGGUACCACUGUACUGGAAUCCUCCAUUAAGGACAUAAGUUUUUGGAGAGUAGUCUCCUUUUCAUCAGAUCCAUGAAGGACCCUCCUCAGUUGGAGUCUAUAUACUGUAAUGAGAUGGGAGAAUGGUUUGAAUGAUCUCUCCAGGUUUGACCAUGGGUCGACAUGGCCCUCAGCCUGAAGGAUAGCAAUUGCUGCGUUAAAGCAUCAAUGUAUAUAAAACCAAUGUAAUUUUUGUUAGUGCAAAAAAGAAAGAAAGUAGAAAGUAGAAUUCAUUGGACGCCAAGAUCCAAGUUUAGGGCAAGUACUAUUUGGUGAGAGAACCCCAGCAGAGAUUUAAAGUCACAAAAUACGUAGCAAAGUAAAGCAUGGAAAUAUAGGUUAUUAGACUUAAAUUUUAGUUUGCCCUUUCAAGUACGUUCCAAAACUUCCCUCUUUCCUCAGUAUAGGAAAAGGCCACAAGUUUGGUAAGUUAAAAUAUUGGUUUACUUACAAACACUUCAAAGGUCUGGUACAUGUGCUUUUCCAUACAUCAGGCAGAAAAGUAAAACGUCGCUAAGUUGCAAAGUUGUCAAUGUUCCUAGAUUCUUGGUAAAGGAACACAAGAGUGGCUGGUGAGAGCCAAGCAGUUUUGCAGGAUCAACCAGCUCAAACCUCUUCACACCGGGCUUUUCAGGUAGACUGGAGGGUGAACAUUAGGCUGGAUUGCCCAUUUCAUCCCAAAACAAGCGGAUGUGUCAUAGCUAAGCUGGCAGAACAGCUGUGGUAUUAAUCCUUUCAUUCAUUAAUUGGACCCAAACAUGUUGGUUAUAUGAAGCUAGUUAUCCCAUAAUUUUCCCCAUUUGCCUCUCUGUUUUUUCUCUCUCUAAACCAUGGAUAGGCAAACUAAGGCCCGGGGGCCGGAUCUGGCCCGAUCACCUUCUAAAUCUGGCUUGUGGACAGUCCAGGAAUCAGCGUAUUUUUACAUGAGUAGAAUGUGUCCUUUUAUUUAAAAUGCAUCUCUGGGUUAUUUGUGGGGCAUAUGAGUUUGUUCAGUUAUUUUCCCCAAAAUAUAGUCCGGCCCCCCACAAGGUCUGAGGGCCAGUGGACCGGCCCCCUGCUGAAAAAGUUUGCUGACCCCUGCUCUAUACCCAUACCCAGCAACUUAGGAUAACACUUCAUGCUUUGCAUGCCAGACUAUAAAAGAUUCUGCCAUCAUACAGGCAGGUGUAGCCUAUGUGACUACAAUUCCCAUAAUCCCCAGCUAGCAUGGCCAGUGAUCAGGGGUGAUGGGAAUUGCCGUCCAAAACAUCUGGCAAGCAGCACAUUGACCAAGACUUCUUAUGAAAAGCAGUAACUCAAGCUGGUUGAAAUAGAUUUAUUAUUUUGGCAUUUCUGGAGCAAAGGUGACAUUGCCCUACUGAAGGAAGGGGUGUCCCAAACCCAAAACUGACUGUGCAGGCAGUUUGAAAUGGGCACCAAAAUCCCUAUUUUUCCGUAGCCAAAAUCCAUUAACUUGAGCUCCGAGUCAAUGUAUAAACAAAAAGCCAGCUGUAUAAACAAGUGCUCAGAGCCCUCUCCUUUAUCAGUUCGUGACGGCAAGGAUGACCUUGGCUGUUUCAGUGGAGUAGGGAUGACAUGUCUAGGUCUUAUCUUACGUCCUUACGCACAGACCUAGUCUGGGAACAGCGCCAGAGUGUGUUCUUGGAGUUGGUGACCUCUUGCUCCAAGAUAAGAGUAGGAACAGGAAUACCCUUCUCUGGUCAGAAGUACAGGAAGGAAUACCCUUUUAUGGUUAAGAAUACCGAAGCAGGAACAUAUGUGAUGUCAACCUGCGUGUAUAGGCUGACACGGUUGGAUUCCUGGAGAAGGAGGGAGAGAGUGCCUGGAGGAUAUAUAUACUGCAUGAAAUGUCUCAUUUCUUUGGAUUUGCUGUGGACUGACCAUGCAAGUGCCUUUCUGCUGCUCCGGAGAGCAGAAAUAAAGAACUCUUUCUCUGAAUCAACCUCGGUAUCAUUUGACUUCCUUCCUCCUGUCCGGGAGCAACGCAGACCCAAUCGGUGAACUCCAAUAAGGCUACAAUACGAUUAAUUGGCAUGGAGGAACCAGGAAGAUGUGCGUGUCUGUUUGUGUUGAGCCUCUUGAUCACAGAAACAAACUAUAUGCUGUGAAAGUACCUGAAGGUAUCUUGUAAAGGCAGCUCCCCUCGUUCACCUUUAUACAGAGCUUAUUGUCUCUUUCUUUUCCUAGUUGGAGAAAGAGAUGGAAGACAAAAGGAAUGAAAUGCAAGAGGAACACGAAAACAAAAUGAGGUAUGGCUAUUUCUACGUGCGAGAUGGAUCCAUUUAUUUUGCAGCUGCUAUUCUGCAUUUUGUUUUGGAUAACCUCCCCUGUCCCGGGACACAGAAGGGGGGUAACAAAAAGAGCCAUUUUUGCCAGGGCCAAUAUAGAUGAGAAAAUGAUCCGCCCUGUCCGCAACAGCCACUAUUGGCAUUUUAAUUUUUUUUAUAUAAUCUUUUUUUUAUAUUUUCAAUGAUAUAAACAUACAACAUAAAACAGUGCAAAAUCCAAAUAUCGAGAUUACUCUGAAUCUCUUGACUUCCUCCCCAUCCCUUCCAUGGGUCCUUUUAAUUCUGUUUUCAGCUGUAUAUCAGUACUUCUCCAAUUUUUCUUUUUUUUUUCUUUUUUAAUUAUUUUUUUCCAAUGCAGAAUCAUAACAAAAAUUACAAACAUUGAAUCCAAAAUAAUACUAUACAAACAAGAACGAAAAACAGAACAUACAAAAAAAAGGAGAAAAAAGGAGAAAAAAAGAAAGGAAAACAAAACAAAAAACGACAAAAAAGCAAACAUCUACAAAUAAAACCAUAUCAUCAUUCUAAUCUAGUCAUUACAUACAUAUACACAUACUUCUCCAAUUUUUCAUCUUCCUAAGUUAUCUGUAUGCUCUAUUACAUUAUAAGGGUAUCUAAAAUCCUGCUAAUGUUUUGACCUGUUUACAACGAUUUUGUAUAUACAAUAUAAACAUUUCCCUUUUUUUUUUUUAAUUCCUUGUCUUCUUGAUUCCUGAGCUUGCCAGUUAAUUUUGCCAUUUCGGCAUAGUCCAUCAACUUUGUUUGCCAUUCUACUGGCAUUUUUUUAAAGCAUGCAUUCGAUGCAAGGAAAUAUUUAACAUAAUGUCUAGUUUAACCUACGAAAAGGCAGACCAUUCCCCUGCAGGCUCCUCCAGAUAGCCUAUGGAUUGCACAUUCAUGAUGAUUUCUGCUUCCAGUGGUAUCCGGGUGGUUACACACAAUUCCUCUUUCAGUACCGUUUGCGCCUGCAAAAGUUUUGGGGUGGACAUCCUGAUCUGUUUCCAGUUGGUGCAUGUUCUGUCGCUUCCAAAUGAAAUUCUGUAAUUUUUUACGCUGCAAAUGCUGCAGAUUCUGUUUUUGGUCUAACUUUUCUGGCACUGUUACUGCAGGAGAGCUCCCUCCACAGACGGAAAUAAUGUAGUAACAUUGGGGGAGACCAACCAAGUGGAAUUAUGUACAGACAGAAUUAUGUACAGACACCUAUCAGCCAAUCACCCAUUCCCACCUCCCUUCUGAGUAACACCCCACCCCACCCUCUCACUAUAUAUAAAGGUCUGGUGACUUCUGUUUCAGUGUAUCUGAAGAAGUGUGCAUGCACACGAAAGCUCAUCCCAAGAACAAACUUAGCUGGUCUCUAAGGUGCUACUAGACCAUUUUUUUUAAUUUUUAUAUAUAUUUCUAUGUACAGCAAGUUUGGUAUAAAUCCACCACUGAUACACUAGGAUCAUUGUUAUUUCAAUAGAUUUUAUUGAAGUUUGAAAGAAAAUUUACAAAGGGUUAACAUUAAAUAUCCAAUUUUUAAAUCAAAGAUUAAAAAAAACCCUAAUUAAAUAAAAACACAAACCAAAAGGAAGAAAAGAAAAAGGAAGGAAGGAAGGAAGGAAGGAAGGAAGGAAGGAAGGAAGGAAAAAAUAGAACUUCUGAUUCUUCAUCUGUCAGCUAUAUAUAGAAAAUUAUUCAAAACAUUCACUCCAUAAUAACACCCAACAAUUCCACUUUCUAUAAACCAGUAUCUUUCUUCAAUCCUCAAACCCAGAGACCAUACGUUUGUUUUCUUUUUCCUGCAAAAAAUCUAUAAGGAGUUUCCAAUCUUUAUUAAAUAUUGUCAAUGCUUUUUCUCUUCUCAUUAAAUGUAUUACCUUUGCCAGUCUUAGCUAAGCCCAGUGAUUUUAACAAACCAUUCCUCCAUGGAGGUAGGCAGUGAUGAAUCUUUCCACCUUUGUGCGUACGAAAGUCUCACCGCUGUGACCAUUGCGUGAAUGACAUGUUGCAGAAUACGCUCAUAAAGGACUACUGAAGUAACGAUUGGACGAUGUGAAAGUUCUGUGGGAAGACUAAUUAAAUAAACAUGUUGGUUUUGCUCUUGUUGGUAUAGGUGUUAUUCUCAAAACACUGUACAGCUGUAAUAUAGGGGGGGAAAUAGAUAUUUUAAAUAAGAAUAAGUGGCGGUAUUCUCAAAGCGGCUUAGAACUGAAUAAUAACACACACACCCAAAUAAUAAAUAGUGGUAUAGUAGUAAAUGAUUGAUAUUGUUGUAAACAAAAAUUUGCCCUUUUCCCUUAUGGGGUAUCCAAGAGCCCGUAUAGAGUCCUUACAUAGGUUCCCUAUUGGUAGGAGAGAAUAACAGAGGCCAACCAGAGAAUACUGAGAAGCAAAGCAGCUAGUAAGCUUGGUCUUCAUGGAUCUGUUGCAACAGGGUGCUCCCCUCACCUGCAGGAGAGAGGAGGAACCUAGAAAAAUGGCUGCAAGGCCUUAUAAAGACUUUUGAAAUUGGCACCCUGUAGAUCAAGACCACCCCCAGAAACAUCAUACAUACAUCACAGAAGGGGUGUAAUCUAAGACCACCACCCCCAGAUACAUCAUACCUACAUCACAGAAAAGGAAGUCUAAACAGAAAUUUGAAUGUUGUUUUUCUCCUGUCCUUGUUUAUCUCCUGUCUGGCAGGUUACUUGAUUGGAUUGCCUGGGGAGCCUGGCAAGUCUUUUGUAAUGAUAAACAGUUCCUGGGCCAGGUCACAGGCUCACACCCUAUUCAAACACAGACAUACCCUUAAGACAGGAUUUGUGAAGGAGAAGACAAUGUUGAGGCUUUUCCACUUUGACCUUGCAGAGAAAACAUUUACUCAGUUUAGGAAUCAAAAUGGUUCCAGGUUAGUCUUCCUGUGCUGAUCUAUGUAUGUGCUUGGUUGGUACACUUAUGAACAUUUAACAUUUAUCUAAGACCUCAAAAUUCCUAUCACAAUAUCAGGCAGAAUCCACAGUUACCUGGGAAGAUCCUCUCUUCCCCUAUCCUCGAUCUAUUUCUGAGGCUCCUCCAACCCCCUGGAGCAGAUUUGGACACUGCACAGAGGGCUGUAGCAAGAGAGGAGAGGCAGUGAAGUCCCAUUGCGGCAAGAGAAGGCUGUGCACAAAUAGCAUUCCAUACAACUCAUUGUUGUUGUCUUUUAAUCAAAGCAGCUUGCUGGGUAAUUCUAAUCGAAAGCUACGUUGUCUUUGCAGGGAGAUGCAGUCACAUCAUGCAGCAGAGAUGAACGCCUUGGAAGAGCAGUACAAGAAAGAGCUGCGAAACGAGAGGGCGCAUGCCCAGGAGAAGCUGGGUAGGACUCGGGGGCCGAACUACCUGUUACACUGUACAGUAGUAGUCUGGCAGUCCUAGUUGCAGGGGAGGCUGGUCCAACCUUAGCUAUAAGGUUAUAAUGCCCCCACGGUUAGAAGUGAACACUGGGGGCAGCCAUGUUUUUGCUGUGCAAUUCCCUCUGAGGGUAGCAGAACAUCACUGGUCCCUCUGGGGGUCUUGCUCUUCUCUUCAAAGAGUGUGGUGGGAAGAAGCCUUUGACUGUGAGCAGCCAGACAUGACAACUGUAUUUCUAAGGCGCUGUUAAUUUCUGGAGAAGGCAUGUUGUUGGCCGAGCAGCCAAUUCAUUUCCCUUCAGAAAACAACUGAGAAACAACUGUUUAAUUUCGGUAGUUCCGUGUGUGGAACAUUUUAUUUUCCCCUUUUCCCCCUUAGCUGGGAUGCAGAAGGAAUACAAGUAUCUGAAGAAUGCGUUCCGUGUGUACCAGGUAAGAUUUAAAUUAUACCACCCGUCUGAAGUAAUCCUAAACUCCUACGAGUCUCCUACAAGCCUUAAAGACCAACAGUUAGUUUGUUGCCUAAGAUUUUGCGGUGCUCAUGAAAGACUGCAGUCCAGUUGUCACAGACAUCUUGCAUUUCAUUGCUGCUUGGUCUAUGGCCAGAGCCAGUGUUGCUGCAGUCCCAGCCCAACAGACUGGCUACCUCAGCAAUGACAGGGAAUUCAGAAAUGGCACUGAGCUGCAAAAUUAAUCUGCAAUGCCUGGAGUCUUCUGAACCGCGUACAGAAAAGGAAGGAUGAUCAGGCUGCCUCAGAUGCUCUUGCAUAGUUGCCACCCCUUCCCCAUUUUCUGAUUCAUAACCAGUGUUCCCCUGAAGUACUUUGAAGACUUGCAGGCAAAAGAGGGUAUAAAAUUGCCAUCUGGUUGUUGGCAUCCGUCUGUCCCGAGAGACAAUGGAGUAUGUAUUGGCAAAACCUAUUGGUGUUUCGCAACUUUCUGACUAGUUGCAGGACCUUAGCCAGACCUAGCAGAGUAAACGCAGAAUCCAUGGAAGCAGCUGGCAACUUGGCUGCAGACAGGAUAGACGAAGCAGGAACCAGGAACUUGUAGUUAGGUGUUUAUUAUAUACAGUGGACUGUUUUACAGGAACAGAACACGGAUCUUUUGCUAGCUCUCCCUGACAUGACUCACAACUCCUACACUCACUGGCACACUGAACUCUGAACCUCUGAACACUGAACUAACACACUCCAGUUAGUAGGUCAUUAAUUAUCACUCCCUUGAGAGAGCUUGACCAAUCAGGGAGCUGUCGCCAUGUCUCUGUUAUCACCAGGCAGACUUACUCCUUCAGAUUGCCUUCUGGCUGUCUGCCAAACCUUAAUUGACCCUGUGUGAGUAGCUGCACGUACAGUUUCCCAACAGUACGCUUCCAGGGGUGAAGUCGAACCGCUGCGUUAGCACCAUCAAAGUGACCUCUCUGGCACGCAAGCCUCAGCAGUGUUUAUGGAGGUCCUGGGCUGCCCGGACAUCAGAACUCCCCUUUAAAUUGGCACCUACAUUAAAAAAUAAUAAUCAUUUGUUCUCUCUUUAGGAUAGUAUUUCUGAUGAAAUGGAGGAGAAGUGGCUGAGAAGGCAAGCGGAAUGGAAAAAGAGUGAGAGGACUGAACGGGAGAAGGCCUUGUUACAACAAAGUGAGUACAAGAGACGGGUUGCAUCUUAUUUGUAUUGUGUAUUGUACAUAGCGGGACAUGGGUGGCGCUGUGGGUUAAACCACAGAGCCUAGGACUUGCUGAUCAGAAGGUUGACGGUUCGAAUCCCCGUGACGGGAUGAGCUCCCGUUGCUUGGUCCCUGCUCCUGCCAACCUAGCAGUUCGAAAGCACGUCAAAGUGCAAGUAGAUAAAUAGGUACAGCUCCAGCGGGAAGGUAAACAUUUCUGUGCACUGCUCUGAUUCGCCAGAAGCGGCUUAGUUAUGCUGGCCACAUGACCCAGAAGCUGUACACCGGCUCCUUCGGCCAAUAAAGCGAGAUGAGCGCCACAACCCCAGAGUUGGCCAUGACUGGACCUAAUGGUCAGGGGUCACUUUACCUUUAUUGUAUAUAGCAGUGCCAGAGUAUUUGGGUUGAAAGGGAAAUGGCGUUUGCCCAUUCAAAUCAAUCUGGUGAAUACGGUAUUUGCUGCCAUUAUUGCUUUCAGUCUGCAGAUGAUACGUAACUGAUUACUCUCCACCCCCCACCAUUGACGUUGCAUUUCCUUUGCACUGAAAUGAAUCGGGUGGAAUAACGUGACGGCAUUACAUUAUUUCACCACUGCAGACAGCAGGACAGAUAAUGUAGCUUUUGCCAGAAGACAAACCACAGCAGCAUUGAAGCGCUGCUGCUGCAAACGAAAAAUGGAGGGCAGAACGGAAAACGACACCUCCUUAUAUCUCUGCAUGCGUGCAACGAUUUGAACCUCAGUUAUUUGUGCCUACUUUUGACCCAAGUCCAGUCUGAACUCUGUUCUCAUUCAUCUGAAUUUACGAAGUUCCGCAUGUUUUGGCUUUGCUUGGCUCAUUCUGAUAAAUGUUCCUGCUCCCUGUGGAGUCAGAUGGGUGGGUGAGCCUUUAAUUACUGAUAUCCUCUCUGCAACCAGAGCAAAUUGCUCAUUAACUCUCUUUUUUUUCCUUUGCAAGAUCUCAAUUAACGAGAGUUUACUUUGGCUGCGAGGAGGAAACGGAUGAUUAAAGCCCACCUACGCUCCCAUCUUGCAAACAGAAAAGGAAUUGCAAUGAAGGGCCAAUUCAGGAAGGUCCAUGUUAAUGGAUAGGAAGUGUUAAGAGAAUGAUAAGGUCUAAGAUAUAAAAUAAAUGUUCAUAAAUGUACCAGGCAAACACAUACAAAAAUAUAAAAACCACAUGUCGGAAACAGUACAGGAAAACAGUACAGGAAAACCAUUUUGACUCUCCCAAAUUGACCUCUACAAGGAGGAAGGAAAUGGGGAAAGCUCCCCAUUGUCUCUUUGCUCACAAAUCCUGUCUUAAGGGUGUAUCUGUGUAUGAAUAGGGUGAGCCUGUGACCUGGACUCAGGAACUGAAUAUUUACCAUCACAAAAGAAUGGCCAGGAUGCCCAGGUAAAAGCAAUCAGUGACCAUUAUCAGGUAUCCUGGCAGAAAGGUUUUCUGCUGUAGACUGUCCCUUCAGUGAUGUAUGUAUGAUGUAUUGAGUGGCCUUGAGCUACAGGGUGGCCAUUUCAAAAGUCUAUAUAAGAGCUUGCACACCAAUGUUCUGGGUUCUUCCUCCCUCCUGCAUGUGUGUGGGGUGAGCCACCCUGUUGCAACAAUUUAAUAAAGAUCAGGCUUACUAGCUGCCUUGCUUCUCAAGAUUGUCUGAUUGGCCUCUGUUAUUUUCUCCUACCGAUAGGGAACCUACAUGAGGACUCUAUAUGGGCUCUUGGGUACCCCAUAAGGGAAAGGGAGCAAGUUUUUUCUUAUAACAGGAAGCAACUCAUUGUAAAAUAAAGAGGCAAGGAGGAGGGAACAGGUCAGCUGUAGGGAAAAGCGGAACCUUUUAUGAACAGCACAUUUCUGCAGAAAUAUACAUUUUCCAUCUAAAUGGGCACUGCUGGAUUUCUAUGGCGAAGACUGCUCUAUAUUAAGUGCCGUAUGGAACCAUGUUUUUAAUUCUGCUUCCAGGUGGUUGCGGCACUAAAGAUCCCUAAUGUAAAAGCAGCCAACCUUCUCUUUUCUGUUAAGAGGACACCGCUGUAUAAAUCUCCCACAGCUAGCAAAUCGCGCCCAAUGUUUUAAGCACAUCGACUUUAUUACUAAGAAAUAUAAAGUUUUGAUGACACACAUGGUUAAUGCAGACCUAAAAAUCUAAUCUUAUCCACAGAGCAAUCGUUGACAAAAAAGUUUGAGCAGGCGAUGGAAGAACAGAAGCUUAUCAUUCAGAAUAACAGUUUUUUAAUAGGCAAAGUUUAUGAAAAAGAAAGAGAAGUAAGUGGUGUUUAUUAUUAAGCACUGUGGGGCUACUGUUCCUUUAACAGAAAACUCUCCCCUUACAAAUCCUGCCCCUUCUAAUGCUCGCUAUUGACAUGGCCUGGCAAUUAGUGAUAUCUUGUCCCUUAAUUAUUCUUAUUCUCUUCAGUGGCUGGCUGAAACUACUGGUUGCUGCCAUGCUCUUCCUUUACUCCUGUUAUAUUGCAAUAGUAUUAAAGGUAAAGGUACCCCUGCCCGUACGGGCCAGUCGUGUCCGACUCUAGGGUUGUGCGCCCAUCUCACUUAAGAAGCCGGGGGCCAGCGCUGUCCGGAGACACUUCCGGGUCACGUGGCCAGCGUGACGAAGCUGCAACUGGCGAGCCAGCACCAGCGCAGCACAUGGAAACGCCAUUUACCUUCCCGCUAGAAAUCGGUACCUAUUUAUCUACUUGCACUUAGGGGUGCUUUCGAACUGCUAGGUGGGCAGGAGCUGGGACUGAAAGACGGGAGCUCACCCCGCCGCGGGGAUUCGAACUGCCGACCAUGAGAUCGGCAAGCCCUAGGCACUGAGGUUUUACCCACAGCGCCACCCGCGUCCCUAUAAUAUAAUAUAAUAUAAUAUAAUAUAAUAAUAAUAUAUAAAUAUAAUAUAAUAUUAUAAAUAUAGUAUAAUAUAGUAUAAUAUAAUAAUAUAGUAUUAUUUUGCUGUAAAUAAUAUAGUAUUAUUUUGCUGUAAAAAUGAAGUUAUUGUUGUUGAUCUUCAAUGAAAGGACAGCAGUAAUUUAAGCCUGCGCCUCUGGGGAACAGAGACUAAUCCCAUUCAUUCAGUAAUCCCAUUCAUUGAUUAAUCGCUAUGUAAGGGGCUGAAUGGGACGCGGGUGGCGCUGUGGGUUAAACCACAGAGCCUAGGACUUGCCAAUCAGAAGGUCGGCGGUUCGAAUCGCCACAACGGGUUGAGCUCCCAUUGCUCAGUCCCUGCUCCUGCCAACCUAGCAGUUCAAAAGCACGUCAAAGUGCAAGUAGAUAACUAGGUACCACUCCAGCGGGAAGGUAAACGGCAUUUCCGUGCGCUGCUCUGGUUCGCCAGAAGCGGCUUAGUCAUGCUGGCCACAUGACCCGGAAGCUGUACUCGGUCAAUAAAGCGAGAUGAGUUCCGCAACCCCUGAGUUGGCCACGACUGGACCUAAUGGUCAGACUUUUACCUUUAAGGGGCUGAACAUAAAAAUGAAAAUGUUGUACUGGACAUUAAAUGGGGCAGUACCUGAAAGGAGGAAGCUUUCAAUUAAUGUUGCAAGGGUCCUUUGUUAAAUGGAGCCUAGUUGUGAGUCAAUAUUACACCCAGAUUUUGCUGUGCAGAAGGGCAAUGUGAGAUACUAUAGUGCCAUGUUCAUUCUGCUUCCAGCUGAUUGUGAAUAAUCAGUGCCUUAGCAGCACUAAAAAGUAAGUAAAAUAUUAAGAAACAAAGAAAAAUCAGUACAAUAUGUUGUAGGAAAGUAUUAGAAAGUGUGUUAAAAGUAAGGUAAUAAUUAUAAGUACAUUCAAAAUCAUAAAUGUCAACUAUAUUGCGAAAUGAUGGGAAGUCCACAAUUAUUUUAUCAUUUUAUUUUACUUUGAUAUAUGUUAUUUUAUUUUAUGUAAUAUUAUUUGAUCUUAGCUUAGUGGAAAUCUAAGUGGAAUUUGAGGUUUAAAUUUACAUCUGAUAGUAAUUCAACUUAAGAAUUGUUUUCUUUGUAUGUAUGUGUGUGAAAUUAAAUUUGUAAUUAUAUUAAUGCAUUUCAAUAAAGUGGGAUAAUAAUAAUAAUAAUAAUAAUAGUAGUAGUAGUAGUAGUAGUAGUAGUAGUUUUGGUGUAGAAGCAACCUUAGCCAGAGGUAUAGAGAAAUGGAGGUUGUUACAGGCUAGCACACUUUCUCUGACGUUCAGUUUUCUUGGAAGGGAAAAUCUUUCCAGGAUUUCAGCAGUUCUCCUUAGUUUUCAUUUUGAUUUAUCAUACAAGUACCGUUUAAGCAGAAGUUUGUAUGCGCAGGCAUGUGAAGUGCUGAUCCGCAUGCAGAUUAGUUCAGAGUGAGGAGAGCCUUAGAAAUAACUAGCUCCCCUAAAAUUAAGUGCUAACAAAAAUCCUUAGUAUCAUCAAGAAUUUGCAAAAAAAGAGUAUGUAUAUGAAAUCUGCCAUAAAUUAAAUAGAUCUGCUUUAUCCAUUCUAGAUCCCAAAUAACAAUUCCCCCCCUCAGUUUUGUCACGUCAGCUGAAGGCUGCUUCUGUGUCAGGCUUGCCAGGGACUGAUUUCACCAGUAUUAGAGGCACCCCCAAGGCUUCAUAAUGAGUCUACUUAGAAGUAAAUGUUGUUUGAAGAUGUGCUUUACUCUACACUAUUCCUUACUGUAACUUACAUCACUUUUUUCUUUUCCAGGAGUUCCAAAAGCAGCAACAGGAAGCCAUGGAUCAAAUUGCUGAAUUAAAAAAACAUAUUGAGGCAAGUAAGGGACGUGGGUGGCGCCAUGGGUUAAACCACAGAGCCUAGGACUUGCCGAUCAGAAGGUCGGCAGUUCGAAUCUCUGCGACGGGGUGAGCUCCUGUUGCUCAGUCCCUGCUCCUGCCAACCUAGCAGUUCGAAAGCACGUCCAAGUGCAAGUAGAUAAAUAGGUACUGCUCCGGCAGGAAGGUAAACGGCGUUUCCAUGCUCUGCUCUGGUUUGCCAGAAGCGGCUUAGUCAUGCUGGUCACAUGACCCGGAAGCUGUACACCGGCUCCCUCGGCCACUAAAGUGAGAUGAGUGCCGCAACCCCAGAGUCAGCCAUGACUGGACCUAAUGGUCAGGGGUCCCUUUACCUUUACCUAUUGAGGCAAGUAUGGUAAACACUUUUGAACAGAAUGUAACCGAAACCUCUGUAAAAAAACAAACAGGCAAGACAUUCAAGAACCAGCAUAGUGAAGUGGUCAAGCUUUGGACUAGGACCAGAGAGACCUGGGUUUGAAAUCCCUGUUCAGUCAUGAAGCAAACUGCAUAAUAUUUGUUGUUGUUUAGUCGUGUCCGACUCUUCGUGACCCCAUGGACCAGAGCACGCCAGGCACUUCUGUCUUCCACUGUCUCCUGCAGUUUGGUCAAACUCAUGCUGGUAGCUUCAAGAACACCAUCCAACCAUCUCAUCCUCUGUCGUCCCCUUCUCCUUGUGCCCUCCAUCUUUCCCAACAUCAGGGUCUUUUCCAGGGAGUCUUCUCUUCUCAUGAGGUGGACAAAGUAUUGGAACCUCAGCUUCACGAUCUGUCCUUCCAGUGAGCACUCAGGGCUGAUUUCGUUAACAAUGGAAUAAUUAGCUGUCAGUAAUUAGCUGUCAGCCUAACCUUGCAAGGUUGCUUUGAGGAUAAAACAUGGAGGGCGACCUGAAACUGUUUGGGAAAAGUGUGGGAUGUUAACAGCACAGUUGUACCUCGGAAGUCGAAUGGAAUCCGUUCUGGAAGUCCGUUUGACUUCCAAAAUAUUCGGAAACCAAUCGGAAGCUGCGUCGGACGUUUGGGUUCCAAAGGACGUUCGCAAACUGGAACACUCACUUCCGGGUUUGCGGCGUUCGGGAGCCAAAACGUUCGACUCGCAAAGGCGUUCGACUUCCGAGGUACAACUGUAUUAAGAGGACGCGCAGAAAUGUUUUCGUUUGAAGUGCUCCUGUUCAGUGAUCCUGCCAGCUGGUUAUGCCCUAUUUCAGGAUACUCCAGUCCAUUACCUCCCCAUCCCACUUUCCGAGACACAACACAUUCUUUCACCACUGAGCAUGCUUAGUCUUUAUUCCCCUUUAGGCAGCCCUGGGCAGAGCCUAGGACUUGUGGAUCAGAAGGUUGGUGGUUUGAAUCCCCGCGACGGGGUGAGCUCCCAUUGCUCGGUCCCUGCUCCUGCCAACCUAGCAGUUCGAAAGCACGUCAAAGUAGAUAAAUAGGUACCACUCGGGCGGGAAGGUAAACGGCGUUUCCGUGCGCUGCUCUGGUUCACCAGAAGCGGCUUAGUCAUGCUGGCCACAUGACCUGGAAGCUGUACGCCGGCUCCCUCAGCCAAUAAAGCAAGAUGAGCGCCGCAACCCCAGAGUCAGCCACGAAUGGACCUAAUGGUCAUGGGUCCCUUUACUUUAAUUUUAGGCAGUGUUGGGUGGAACCAGAUGGGAAAGGGUGCAGAGCAACGAAGGCACACUCCCCCCAUCUUUGUUCAGUAGGCUAGUUUCUACAUACAGUAUACUCACACUACCCUGUGUUAGAUAGAUAAAACUUUAUUCGCAUUAGCCAAUGGCCAUAGCAACAGUAAACCAUUACAGUAUACACAGAAAAGGAAAUUUGAUAUAAGAGCACAAUUUAAAGUCCUGAAUCAGCCGUCAGUUAGUGGCCCUUCUUCUGAUUGCCCCUGCUAUGAACCUAGCAACCUUUGCUGUUAUCUGCUCAUUUUGAUCUGAUAGAAGAAAGGACAUUGUGGCAGUGGUUGAGCGCCCUGGGAUGGUUAGUACGAGUGGGGUGAUGAUCUCGUUCCUCAGGUCUUUGUAGAGAGUGCAAGACAGGAGGACGUGUGCCGCUGUUUCGGUGCUGCCGUCUCCACAGGGGCAAAGACGUUUUCCAGGUGGGAUCUUUUGGAAUCGACCCUCAUGUAUUGCAGAUGGCACAACAUCCAGUCUUGCAAGUGUAAAAGCACGUCUGUAUUUUGGGAUAAGAAGUUUGUGCAGAUAUGGGGCCAGAGAAUCAAAAUGGAGAGGGGGAAAUUGAACAUACCAAGGGCAGAAUUUCCUUAUAGUGGCCAAGUUUUUCUGAUGCUCGAUAUCUUUUAGACGUUGACCAAUUAGACUGUUUGCUUUAGUAGAGCCCAUAGUGAGUAGGUGUUGUGGGGAUAGGUCGCCACCCUGUAUUCUCCAUCAAGUAAGAGGCCUUAUCAGAGUUCAAUGGCACAUUCCAGCCAGGCAAAAACAUUCAAGAAGGGUGUGAAGCAAGGCCCAUGACAGGCAGGACCCACAGAAAGUGGGUGUGGUCUGGCGAGAGUCCUGGGGACUAGACAAGAGAAGCGUGGAGGGCCGCAUUUGGCCCCUUGGCCUCAAGUUCUCCACCCCCUGCCCUAAAAGGUUACCGUAUUUUUCGCUCUAUAAGACGCACCAGACCAUAAGACGCACCUAGUUUUUGGAGGAGGAAAACAAGAAAAAAUAAUAUUCUGAAUCUCAGAAGCCAGAACAGCAAGAGGGAUCGCUGCACAGUGAAAGCAGCAAUCCCUCUUGCUGUUCUGGCUUCUGGGAUAGCUGCGUAGCCUGUAUUCGCUGCAUAAGACGCACACACAUUUCCCCUUACUUUUUGGGACGGAAAAAGUGAGUCUUAUAGAGCAAAAAAUACGGUAAUUUGUCAAUGAAAAGCUCUAGAAGUCUAUGAACUUAGGUACUAAAAAUGGAAAACAAAACAAUGCAGCCAAGGUUAUUAUUUUGCUGUUGCUACACCAAUUUGAAACACCUAUAAAAUUACAUUUAGAAAAUAGCCAGCAGGGCUUUUACAGCGUCUGGGUUUUCUGGAGUGAACUUUUCCAGGUGUUCAGCAGUGAUCCUUUGGUGCCAUGUAAAAAGUACCAGUAUCCCAGAAGGCCUUUGUUUAGGAAUGUGCUUUGGCUCCAGAGGUGUUUUAGGUAUAUGGCUUACAGUCCUUUUUUUAGUUUGUUUCAUUGUACAGUUCUUAAAUUGUCGUUGUGUUGCUCUGCACAGUGGUGCAUGUGCAGAAUAUAAGCAUCUUAAAAUAAUGUGUUCCAUCCAAUAAAAGGGUUUGGAUAUGGAAAUUAAGGAGAAGAAUGAGACUUUGGAUGCUAUUGCAGCCACUCUUCACAAGACAGAGACUGAACUCCGGAAUGAGGUGAGAACUGGGGGAUUACCAAGCAUUUUUAAAACAUCGAUACCAGAGUCUCACCCCAGCGGUGAUUGGAAGCGGGUUUUGUGGCAUGUGUGUGGUUUUCAGCAUUUAACUUGUGCUUUCCACAUCCGAUCUGUGAUGGAAUAUUGCAGCCUGUGCUCUGAUAGACUGAAACAGGUAUAUUCCCGAAGGACUGAUAGCAUUUAUCUUCCCCAGCUUCUGUGACCUCCAGAUAUUGGACUACAACUCCCAUCAUCCAUGACUAUUUGCCAUGCCAGAUGGGGCUGAUGGGAUUUGGAGUACCCAAACACAUUGAAGUACAUGAUCAUGCAAUUGUAAAAUUGUCAACAAGUCCCUGUCAGGGAAAGAGGUGGCUUAGAAGUAAAUAUUUAAUAAUAUACUGAUGCCCAGGUCUCAAGUGGGGGAUGAUGGGAAACCGAACUCUUUGAUCUAUAGGUAAUCUUGCAAUGGCUGGAGUUUACAGCAAUAAUUUAGUGCAAUAACUAAGCUCAGAUUAGCCCUAUGGAGAGGUUGGCUCAAAUCCUGUUUUCCCCAUAUGAGUUCCCAGGUUUAAUGCUAAUCAUUUCCCUUUUAAAGGGAUCACAGGUAGCUGUGCCGUCAAAGCCGCCUCCUAAUUAUCAGGAAGCAGAGAACAAUAUAGGGCUAGAUUUGACUUAACACCUGACAUAGAUGAUAUUGGGCAACUCCAUAUGUUUCGUCUUCUUCCUGCUUGCCCAUUCAUUCCUUUCCUUCCUCUUUACAGAAAGCCGCCUUGGUGGAAAUGGAGAAAAGUAUCCAGCAAAAAAUUGCAUCCAUUGAAGAGAAAUAUCGAAUUAACGCCACUACUUUGGUAGAAGAAAAUGCCAUGCUCAGGUAAGGGGCUAAAAUCUCUCCCAAGUCCAGAAACUCAGCCAAAUAUUUACCUUUGAGCUUCUUAAAGCGCUUUAUUGCAGAAUUCCUUGAUUUAUAUUGCAACAGAGGUUAGCACAUUCCUCAGGAAAAAAUAAUUUGGCUUUGUCUGUACUAGACAUAUUGUUCACCUGUCACCACAGCUGGGUGGGUGCUGAUAACGGCAAGGUUGCAGGUUCGAUCCCCAUAAGGAAUAGCUGCAUAUUCCUGCAUUGAAAGGGGUUGGACUAGAUGAUCCUCAGGGUCCCUUCCAACUCCAUGAUUCACAAUCUAUGAGUCUACCACACCCCUUUGAAUAUUCAUUUACUCUAAGAGACAAGUUCUCAACAUUUAGAUAUGCUUAUGUCACCUAAUUUGUUAUGUUUAAAACUUCCAAACUGAUUUUAAUUAACUUUCUGUUGGUUAAGUUAUGGCAUGACAAGGAGAAGGAAAGAAGCAGUAAGAACAUUGUAGGAGAGCUUGCUUUUCCCUUCCCCUUCCUUCCUUCCUUCCCUCCCUCCCUCCUUCCCUUGGGAGCAGAUUCUGGGUAUGCAUGCAGAGAAGAGAGGAAGUCCCAUUGUGCAAGUGGAAAGUUGCUUGUGUGGCAUUGGAUACAUCCCAGUGACUUAAAAGUCUUAUUGAAUCAGAUUCCAUGGUUUUCAGUGGGACUUAGUCAUGAGUAGCUACUGCCCACUAGGACCUGAGGAGCUAAAACAGACAUAGCCAGCAUGAUGUUCUCCAGGUAUCACUGGGCUACACCAGGGGUCUGCAACCCACGGCUCUGGAGCCGCAUGUGGCUCUUUUACACCUUUGCCGUGGCUCCGGGGCGGAUGGUAGCGAGGGAAGGAGGCGCAUUGUGCGCCCCGACACUCCCCACUGUGGCGGGCGCUGUACUGGCUGUGACGUCGCAUGGGGGCGGUGCGUGCGUUAGUCACGCACCGUCCCGACAUCACCUUCCCGGUUUUGCGGCUCCCAGUUUUUUUCCCUCGGAAACGGGUCCAAGUGGCCCUUUUUGUCUUAAAGGUUGCAGACCCCUGGGCUACACCUUUGCAUCAGCCCCAACAGCCAAGAUGGUGGAAGUACACAACAUACCGUAUUUUUCGCUCUAUAGGACACACUUUUUCCCCUCCAAAAAUUAAGGGGAAAUGUGUGUGCGUCCUAUAGAGCGAAUGCAGGAUGCGUGGCUAAGCCCAAAGCCAGAACAGGGAGACGGAGUGAAUCGCAGCGCUCCGUCUCGCUGUUCUAGCUUGGGGUUAGCUGCGCAAAGCCUCCGCAGGGCAGGGGGGUGAAGGCACCCCGCUGCUGUGCGGAGGCUUCAAAGGCUGCGCUCCGGGGGCUUCAGGCAGCUAUCCGCAAGCCUUCGGAGCGCAGCAGGAGUUCCCGCUGCACUCCAAAGGCUUGCAGAUAGCUGCCUGAAGCCUGGAGAGUGAGAGGGGUCGGUGCACACCGAUCCCUCUUGCUCUCCAGGCUUUGCUUCGCUGGAGAGGCGCUGCACAGUUUUCCCUCUCUGCGCAGAGCCCCUUCAGCGAAGCGGGAGGAGAAAUGGAAGGGGCUCCGUUUCUCCUGCCGCUUCGCUGAAGGGGCGCUGAGCAGAGAGGGGGAGAAUUUUUCCCUCCUGUUCUCCCCCUCCUAUGGUCCGGUGCGUCCUAUAGAGUGAAAAAUACGGUAUAUAAAAGACACCAUAUUGGCUAUCCCUGCUGUAUGUAGUUGCAUAUACAGUGGUACCUCGGGUUACAUACGCUUCAGGUUACAGACUCCACUAACCCAGAAAUAGUACCUCGGGUUAAGAACUUUGCUUCAGGAUGAGAACAGAAAUUGCGCAGUGGCGGUGCAGCAGGCUCCAUUAGCUAAAGUGGUACUUCAGGUUAAGAACAGUUUCAGGUUAAGAAUGGACCUCCGGAACAAAUUACCGGUAAGUACGUAACCAGAGGUACCACUGUAUAUAAGUGCAGAAAGAUUGUCUAAUGCUACUAAUCUUCUCCCCAGGCGCAAGCUCAUUGAAAAGAAUGAAGAGAUCUAUAAUCAACGGGCCCAGCGAUCGGGCAGCUAUGAAGCAUAUGACUAGGGGUGUUCAGGGAAAAAGCAACAAAGGUUUGACCAUGACAUACUGCCAGAAGCCUGAAUUUAAAGCCACAUAUGCAAUUCUGUAGUCAGAAAGGGAGAUUAUUUGUUGUUUACUUCAAUCUUGUAUCGUGUUUGUUUAUAUUUGCAUGAUGCUCUUCAGCUGAAGAUCACAGAGUGGUUCACAACAUGAAAAUAAAAAUGAGAACAGAAGAUACAAACCAAUAA